AUGCAAAUGGAUUCAUCAUCUGAUAUAACAACAAUUGAUCUGACACCUUCAACGUCUGAUACACAAACAAGUUCCUCCAAUAAUGACAAAAGCUCGUGUACAGUUAAAACAAAAAUUGGUCGACAUGGUCUUGAACAGUAUUAUGAUUAUUUUAAAGAGUAUACUGCAGGUGAUAUGAAAGGUAAAACAUCUGCCACAUGUUCUUUAUGUAAAGAUAUAGUUUGGCAUGUGAAAGCUUCUACAUCAAAUUAUAGCCGUCAUUUACAACGUAAACAUAAAGCUGAAUAUGAGUUGUGGUCACAAAAUGCAUCAUUUAAAGAAAAAAAUGAGAAUAAGUUCAAACAAGUUUCAUUAGAAGAUAGUUUAUCUUCGUCUCCAUAUACAUCAAAAUAUGGACCAUCUCAUCCUCGUCAAGUUGAAUUAACUAAAAUGAUUUUUCAAAAUCUUAUCGUUGGCUUAGAUUUACCAUUAUCAAUUACUGAAAAACCUGCAUUUAUACAAGCUAUGAAGACCGUUGACCCAAAAUUUCGUGUGCCAUCUCGACGAUCAAUAACAUCUGAUUAUUUACCAAAAUUACAUGAACAGAUCACCAAAAGAUUAAAAAAUGUAUGUUCAUCAACUGAUUUUCUUUCAUUAACGUUCGAUGGAUGGACAGAUCGUCGUAUGCGAGCUUUUUACGCUGUUACAAUGCAUUAUAUUGAUCGAAUGGGCCAAUUAAAAGCACACUUACUCGCUUUUAAUCCUCUUUCUGGUAGUCAUACUGGUGAAAAUUUGUUUAAUGAAUAUGAUCGUGUUUCAACAGCAUUUUCAAUUGGAAAUAAAGUUGUCCGGCUUAUUACAGACAAUGCAUCGAAUAAUUUAUCGGCUUUUGGUGAAUUAGUUAUACCAGGUUUCGAAUCAUAUUUUAUAACUGACGAUGAUAUAGCAGAAAGUGAUGAUGAUGAUCUAAAUGAAAUAAACUUGAACAUGUCUGAAGGACAUCGUCCUGAUGAUGAUGAAGUUGAAAGUGAAUUGGACAAACGAGAAGAAUUAUUACGGUUGCCGUGUUUCAUUCAUACCUUGCAGCUUGUAGUAAAAGAUGGCUUAGAUGAAAGUGGGUGCACUCGGUCUGCAAUGGCAAAAGUGGCCGAGAUUGCGAAAUUAAGCCACAAAACUGUUAUAACUAGGUGGAAUUCACAGUUUAUUACAGUUUCGAAAAUUCUUGACAUAUCUAAUGUGUUUCUGAAUGAUAUGCUCACGGAACAAAAAAAAGGUGAAUUAGUACUUUCAAUGAAAGAUUUAGCUAUAUUACGGGAAUUUAUAUCAAUUUUAACAUUAUUCGUCGAGGCUACUACUCGAACACAAGCCGAACAAUGUGUGUCGAUUUCACUUGUAGCGCCAAGUAUACUUGGAAUUUAUUAUGAUUUGGAAAAUGAAUUAAAAUUAUGCAAAUAUACAAGUUCAUUAUGUAAUGCACUUAUAAAUUCAUUGAAAGAAAGAUUUGGCGGUCUUCUAUUAAAUCUUGAAAUACCUGUUGAUGGCCAUAUAAAGCGUCGAAGUACAUUUGAACUUUUUUCGGACGAUAUAUUUCUGAUUUCGUCUUUUUUGGAUGGACAAUUUCGACUUCGUUGGAUCUUACAAUCAGCUUUAUCGCAAGAUAUAAAAAAUCGUUUAUGUGACAAGAUAAAACAUAUUGUUGCACAAGCAGCUUUUCAAAUUCAUGAUUCUGCCAUCAAUGCCCAAGGUGCUACUGAUGCACAAACAGAUACAGUAUCAACAGCCGUUGACAACAGUCUUACACCAAAAAGAAAAAGUCUUUUUGGAUAUUGUGAAGCAUCGCAUGUACUUCCAAAAAAAAUGCGUAUUAAUAUUAUGGAUGAAAUUAGCGAAGAAAUGAUGUUAUUUUUGAAAGAUCAACGUUACGAAACUGAUCUUAUAUUCGUUAAAAAGAAUCAUUUUCCACAUUUACAUCGUUUAGCAUUGAAAGUUUUAUGCAUUCCAGCUACAUCUGCUCCUGCUGAGCGGAUCUUCUCACAAAGUGGAUUAUUAAUGCGACCACAUCGAAGUCGUUUAUCAAAAGACAUGUUAUCUAAAUUAACAUUUAUUAAAUGUAAUCUUGAUUUGUUGAACUGA